GUAGGCCCUCUCGGCCAUUUUCUCCGAGUUGCGGAGCCCUUUUUAAACAAAUCCAAAAUCCCCAAGUCACCACGACGCAAUAAGGCUGAAUUAUGUCUUCCGCCACCACCACCGCCGCCGUGGAGAGGCAUACUUAUUGGUGCCAUGAAUGCGACAUGAGCGUCUCUCUCCUCUCCUCUUCCACCGCCACUUCCUCUCUCCGCUGCCCUCAUUGCUCCGACUUCCUCGAACACAUGGACUCCCCUCUCUUCAACCCUAACCCUAACCCGAACCCCAGCCCCACUCUCAUCCCCCUCGCCUCCCUCCUCGACUCCGCUGCCGCCUCUCAGAAUCCCGAUCUGGCCGCCGUCCUGCACUCCAACUCCGACGACAACUACCUUCUCGACAGCCCUUACCUCCACCGCCUGAUCCACCAUCUCACCGCCAAUUCCCAGUCCUCCGACCCCUCCGCCGCCGGCUGCCGCCUCCACUCCCCGACCUCCAAAUCCGCUUUGGAAGCGAUCCCUAAUGUGACGAUCACGGCCACAUUGCUCGGCCUGGAUCCGGUCAUUCUCUGCGCCGUCUGCAAGGAUCAGUUCCUGGUCGGUGCCGAAGUGAAGCAGUUGCCCUGUAAGCAUAUGUACCAUUCGGACUGUAUUCUGCCAUGGCUUUCGCAGCACAACUCGUGCCCGGUGUGCCGGUUUCGGCUUCCGACCGAGACCAAUGACGGCUCCAAGCAGGGGCUCCCGGUGGAGUCCUUCGAUGAUGCGGAUUGGGUUGGUUUUGAGAGCACUCUGAGGCACAUUGCCAGGAGGCGCAGGCUUAUGCCUGCUUGGAGAGAUGGUGCUGUGGAGGAGUCUCUGAUGUCCCCCACGCAGGUUGGAGAAGCGGCGGCGGGUAUUGUGGAGAGGGCUAAUAGUGCGGAGACUGUGUCGAGCUGGCCCAGCUGGUAUGUUGAAGGUGGUGCCAGUGUGGGUGGUGGAGGGGAUGGAGACAGUGGCUCGAACGCCAGGGUGAAUGACGAUGGUGAUACUUUGGGGCAUUGAACUCUUUGCAGUUGGUCUCUGUCUCAGCAAAGUUGAGGUUUGUAUAGUUACUGCUAGCCUGCUAGGGUUAUUGACGGUACAUCAUCGACCCAAAUCAUCUAAUGAAGUGUAAAUCUGCUGUGAAGAACCCUGCUGCUCUUUUAAUAAUACAAAAGUACCUGUGAUUUUGAUGUGCAAUUUCUCCCCCUGUUCUUUCACCCUCAUCCCUCACCCCCAGAAUGCAUGAGAGCCCAUCUCGAUUAUUCGAGUUGAGGCCUAUUGCUCAUAAUGGUUCUAGUGUAAACUAAAUUCUCCUUUCAUUUUGGAUAAUAACAACAUCAUGCUGUUUCUUUGUU